CGUUGAACAUAUUCAUUCUCCCUCCAUUUCCUGCUCAUGUCCGCCUCCAUUGUUAUUCGCAUCCUAAUAACGAAAGAAAAUGCGAAAAGAGCGCGCAUGGCCGGCAAAGAGAACUGCGUCAUGGAGGAGAGCUUGCUGGAGAAAGAUGCUGAAGCGGGAGGAGGCGGCGAUUCAGGACUGACGUGGUUGUAUUAUUUCAGGAAGUGACGAGAAUGGAUUUCCUCGCUGGAUCAAUGGUAGAUGUGAAUUUUUUUUUUUUCACAGUUCUUAUUGCAGGUUAUUUCGUUGAUCACGGUGGAUCACCUCGGCGAGCUUGCUCUGUCUAGCACCGUCAUUGUGGUUUCUCUUUGCGGGGUCACUGGUUUCAAAUUUCUCGUUACUCUUUUCUCUUAUGACUGACAACUGUUUGUUUAUUUGCUUCUGAUUGUGAUAUUAUUUCUGCUGCGCUUUUUGUCCUUUUGUUUCUUCUUCUUUGCUACCUGGAUCCAAGACACAGAUGCUAAACUAACCCUAGAAGCCUUCAAUUUGUUGAUAUCUAGAUACAAACACACACGUAUAUAUGUAUAUGCAUAUACACACCCAGACAUCCACAUCAAAGUCAUUAUAAACUCAGAGCGUAUUGGUGGAUAUACAUGUUUUAGAAUAUUAAAAGUCAUGGCACUUAUAAAAUGAUGAUAAUGUUAUCAACUCCUAUCAUGCUUCAUGGGUCCGGAGAACUGGUGAAAUAUUUGAUUAUUGGAGCCCUAUCUGAAAAUGGUCUCGGUCGUGCUGUUGGAUUUUGAACAGCUUAAUGGGCAUGGCAUGCUCUGCUAGAGCACUUCAAACAACAUUCCGUGGCUAGAGAAAUUGACUUCCUGUGAGCUUCAGCAUAUUGAGAAAGGAGACAAGCUACUGUCAACUUAUCUUUGAGAAUUCAAAUCCACAUGUUACCAGUUAAAUGUGAUUGGAAAACUAGUUUCUGAUGCCAAGAAAGUUUUCAGGCUCAUUGAAGGUCUUGGAGAUAAAUAUGAAUAAUUUUAAACUACCCGUGCUCCUGCCUCAGCUACCCAACUAGACAGAGACCAUUCUUCAGUUGGAAAGCUUUGAGAUCUGCAACAAGAAAACCCUCAGUCUGAUAUCUACUUCCUGUGGUAGCCUUUGUAUCUUAGAGCGUAAUUCAAGAUACAAAUGGGCAUGGAGGUAUUGGUGCUUUGCUAACCAGGAAGUUCAAACUCAUUAGUAGCAGUCUAUCAAUACCUCAUCAGACAUGUCACACAGACCUCCUACAAUCUGCCAAAUAUGUCAUAAAAGGGGUCAUAAUGCAGUGAAAUUUUGACAACAGCAAUCAGAGCGAAGAGAUUCAUCAAGGCCUUGCUGCGUUGCAAACCUCAGACUUUGAAGUACCAGAAUGGCAUCCUGACACUGGUGCUAAUGUGUCACUAGCAUUAAAGGGUAAUCUCAUUGAUUCUACUCAUCUUAGUACUGAUAAGGUAUGGAAGCCCUUGUAAUAAUUCAUGCUGAUAUUGAUGUUGUUCCCACACCAAGACAGUUCUAUUCCACUUGAAGAUUUCAUGAGAUGAAGAAGAAGCUGCUGUCAGUUAACUAGCUAACAAUUGAUUUACCUGUGCUAUUUUCUUCUUUAUGGUUCUAGUUUUUGUCUAAAGGACUCCAAGACCCACCAAAUGUUAUUCAAGGGAACUACAAGCAUGGCUUGUAUGCCCUCCAUAAGUCAUCUUCCAAGCUGCUCCACAGCUUCUUUACCCUUUUUGACAACUUUCAACUGUCUACUUGACUUUAUACCUGGUUCUCCAUUCUCAUAUAAAGCAUAUCGAGAUAGACUGUUACUUUGUCCAAGAGAAGGUCGUCCUUCACUCCAGUCAAGCUUGCAAUGUCUCCUCCACCAACCAGCUUGCAGAAUUCUCACCAAGUGACUUCCUAAAUCUGGGUUUAAUUGCAGUUUAGAGUGGUGGUCAUAUGACCUUCUAAUCUUACUCCCAGGUCUGUUACCAAAUCCAGAGCUUGAAACUUCUGUCUUGUCUAUAUGAAGUGGCAAGAGGAUGGCAGGAUAUAGGAGCUUUUAUAAAUUUGGGUGCCUUCUAGAUUUGGGGAAUUCUAAUUGCAGCUAUAUUGGCUUUUUGGGUGAAGUUGAGAGGAAUUGGGCUUUGGAUUGGAAUACAAACUGGAGGUUUUUGCAAACAAUUGUUCUCUUUAUUUUAACCAGCUCCACAAAUUGGGAAAAACAGCUCGCGUGAUUCCUCUGUUCUUCACUAUUCAUUUCCCACGGCAGCAGCAACAAACACUUGCAGAGAGGGAAACCUACAGUCACAUACAUGGAUCAUCAAGCCUUGCUACCAAAAACACUCGGACAAGAUAGGACCAGAGAAUACUCAACCCUAACAUGGACAGUCUUCACACGAGAAGUCAAGAGACUAGGUUACCUAGCAGCUCCCAUGGUUGCCGUCACUCUAUCACAGUUCUUAAUACAGGUUAUUUCGAUAAUGAUGGUCGGCCACCUUGGCGAACUUGCUCUGUCCAGCACCGCCAUAGCCAUUUCUCUCUGUGGUGUCACCGGUUUCAGUCUUACCUUAGGAAUGGCGAGUGGACUGGAAACUCUAAGCGGCCAAGCUUAUGGAGCUCAGCAAUACCACAAACUUGGACUCCAAACUUAUACUGCAAUGUUUUGCCUAUUCCUAGUCUGUCUCCCUCUAUCUCUCCUCUGGCUCAACUUAGGAAACCUACUGGUUUUCAUCGGCCAAGAUCCGAAAAUUUCACACGAAGCCGGUCGAGUUGCAGUUUGGCUUAUUCCUGCAUUGUUCGCCUAUGCCACUAACCAGUCGCUCAUUCGGUAUUUUCAGACACAGAGCUUAAUAUUUCCUUUGUUAAUCAGCGCAUUUUCCAGUUUGUGUCUCCAUAUUCCUCUCUGCUGGGUUUUGGUUUUCAAGUCUGGACUUGCCAAUCUAGGAGGAGCAUUGGCAAUCAGUAUAUCAAAUUGGUUAUACGCCAUUUUUCUGGUGCUUUACAUGGUGUUUUCGCCUGUUUGCGCCAAGACCCGAGCUCCAAUUUCGAUGGAGAUCUUCGGUGGAAUUAAAGAGUUCUUUAGCUUUGCCAUUCCCUCUGCGGUAAUGAUUUGUUUAGAAUGGUGGUCAUUUGAGCUCCUUAUCUUAUUGUCAGGGCUAUUACCAAAUCCAGAGCUUGAAACUUCUGUGCUGUCUAUAUGUCUGCAAACUAUUGCGACGCUUUACGCAAUACCAUAUGGACUUGGCGCAGCAGCAAGUACUAGAAUUUCAAACGAACUAGGUGCCGGGAAUGCUCCUGCAGCUCGAGUAUCUGUCUAUACCGCGAUGAUUCUCACAAUGAUAGAGACUCUUCUCGUCAGCGGAUCGCUCUUUGCCAGUCGUCGGGUUUUCGGUUAUACUUUUAGCAAUGAGAAAGAAGUUGUGGACUACGUUACCAACAUGGCUCCUUUGGUUUGUCUUUCUGUGAUAUUAGACAGCAUACAGGGUGUGCUCUCAGGAGUGUCGAGAGGAUGUGGGUGGCAGCAUAUAGGAGCUUUUAUCAAUCUUGGGGCUUUCUAUCUUUGGGGAAUUCCAGUUGCAGCCACUUUGGCCUUUUGGUUAAAGUGGAGAGGAAUUGGUCUCUGGGCUGGAGUACAAGCCGGAGCCUGUAUGCAAACAAUUCUUCUUGUCAUUGUGACAGCCUGCACAAAUUGGGAAAAACAGGCAAGUGAUGCGAGGGAGAGGAUAUUUAAAGGACCAUCUUCUGCGGAUCUCAUUCAAUGAAGUGAUUGAGAAGCUACUGGGUUUUGGAGUUAGUUUCUUGUAUGUUAAGAAAUUGGAAGGAGAUACACUGUUUUUGUAUUAUAUAUAUAUAUAUAUAUAUGUGGAACUAUAUUUUUUGUUAAAUAUAAAUACU